AUGAAAUGCCUUAGGUAAAUAAUUUUUUUAAUAAUAUUUAUAGAUCAAUAAUAUAAAAACAGGCUAAAUAAAAAAUUGAAUUAGAAAUAUAAUAAAAUGAAUUGAUUAGAAAAGAAAUUCAUAGAGAAAAAGAAGGUGCGAUGGAAGCUCUAUGUAAAUAGGGAAAUUUUUAUAAAUUUGAAGAAUAGCCAAAUGUUAAAACUGUUAAUACUAAGUUUGAAGUUUGGAGAGUAGAAAUAAAAGAUGAAGAGUUUUAUAAAAAUAUUGAAACUAUAGAAAGGAUUUAAUGUCCAUAAGAUUUUUCUAAGUUUAAAGAAGGAACUUGGAAUUGUUUAAGAACUGAAAUACCAUUUGCUUUUAGUAUGAUGAAAGAUAUAUUUUUAAUGAAAAAAUUAAAUGUAAAUUCUGAUGAAUUAUAUGUCAUAAAAACACCUAUUGGUAGUUAACCAUACAAAACUAUUAAUGAUGCAUUAAUGGAAUGUAAAUCACAUUUGAUUUGUCAGAAACUUAUGAAAAAAUUUAUUACUGAAUUAUAAGAAUAAGCUAUUGAAAAAGAUAAGAAUAUAAAAAUACCAUCUGUAAUAUAUAAUGAUCUAUUAAUACUUGAAGAAUCAUAAAGUAUUUAUAUUAUUUAUUUAUUUAUUUAUUUAGAUUCAUUUUGGAUUGCAGAAAGAUUUAUUAAAGGAGAAUUUGAUAAAUAUAAUAAUAAUUAUGGUUUUAUAAAUGAAGAUUAUCAGACUGAAUUAAAUAAGUUUGCAUAAUCAUUUACAUAUUAUACAUAUUUUAUCAGCAAUUUUAAUUACAUGGUUACUGAUAUACAAGGAGUGGGUAAUUAUUUUACUGAUCCAACUAUCAAUACACAUAAAGGUAUUAUAAAUAUAUUAAAAUUAUUAGGAGAUUUUGAUGAAACAGAUAUGGGAGAAGAGGGAUAAAUGAUGUAUUUGGUUAAUUAUGAAAGUAAAAAGGCAUUACUAACAUAUGAUUAUCUAGAUUUAUUGGGAAUUUAUGAUUGA